UUUCACUAUUAUGACAGAGAAGAAAAACUGUUGAAUCAAUAAACGCCACAAACGAAUUUUAUUCGUAAUGUUAUCUACAAGUAAUAAGUUACAUUACAAUAAGAAAAUUGCUAUUACUACAACUGAUAACAUUAAACAUUCAUCGAUCAAAUAGAAAUUAUUGACUUUUCUUAACGGCGUGUCUUGCGCAUGUCUUGUAUUUGGUCAAAAUUUGUUUGAUCGAUAGUUGAAAUUGAAGGAUAAAAGUUCGCGGAUAAAAAUCCCGUAGAUAUAUCAUUUAGGAUUAGAUUUAAAAGUAAUAUUUUUUAAAUGGCUAAUAAAAUGAGCACUUCUAAAUGUGUUCGAAAUUCUUCUUCUACUUCUUUUUUUUCUGACACGAGUAUUCCGUGCAUGAAGAGAAAGUAUACCUACAACAAAAUCAUGAAAGGGAAAAGAUGGGAAAAACCUCUUCCAGAUAUGAGGGAUUAUUGGAAGAAAAUAAUUGACGAACGGGAAAAGAUAUUGCUCGCAGUAAGAAAUCCUUUUUUUCAAUUUUCCUACAAUUCCUUUCCUGAAAAAUAUUGCGAUUCUAUUGAUCGUAAUCCAUUCGUUGAGAAUCAAUCGUUUAAUCGCAACUCUUUUUCUAAUUUUUACUUAGAUGAUCGCGAUACGUCCGACAAUUCUUUGCACAAGUUAAAUCUCAUGAAAGCAAACGUUAAAUCGAACGGAAAUCGUUUCGAUACCAUAAAAUCGAUAUUAAAGAGAUCGCAUCAAACUGUUCCAAAAAGUCUGGAUACAAUGUGCUAUUCUACCACACCAUUUGAAGGUGUACGAAUCCCAAAAUUAAAUACUCGUGGUCCUCAACCUAGUUCCGGUAGAAUUCAUUCUGGCAAAGUGGAUCAUAUCCGGGCUUCUUCCAAUGCUCAAAAUGAACGGAAGAUACAAGAAAAUAAUUCUACCGCUCUACCAAUUCUCACUAAAUAUCCUCGGAUGUCAGAAUUCCAAUCAACGUUGAAAAAGUUACGGAAAUAUUUAAAAUUAUCGAAUGAAAAAGAUCUAAAAACCAAGGAUCGCACUCUACACGAGAAUGAUAAAACGAUAAAAGAUAUCGGAGAGAAACUUUCUAAUGAUCGAUCUACGACGAAACGAAUCAAGAAAAAUUUAUUACCAAACGAAGAUUCUUUGAAGUAUACCGCUCGUUCCGCUUACAAAGCAUUGAAACGUUUAUCAAAGGACAAAAAUGUAGAUUUCAAAUUGAAAUCUAUCGACCGUUUUCCAAAACAAGGAUCAUUUUUGAAAUGGAGUGAGAACCUUUUGGUAAGUAAAAACGACGACAAGCAAGUUUUGAAAAGUAAACGCAUCGAAAAAGAUAGAUUAAACGAAGAAUCAUCUCGUAUUUGCGAGAUGCCGACAAUUAUCGAACAAAAAUCACUCGAGGAUUCAGAGUUUUCAGGUACGGACGAUGAAAACGGAACAUUGAAAUCCGACGAGGCAAUGUCGGGAACCAUUCCCACCGAAUCUCGUUACACAUCAGGACCAUCCAGUCCCGAAUUCGUGUUGUCAGGCCGAUUGGAGGACAAUCCCUUUACUCGUAUUCUAUCGUCAAUUCCAAAAUUAUCCUUUCCAAGGAAGAAUCGGGACAGGUGUUUGCCGUGCAUGUACAAAUCGUUCGAGACUCCUCCCGAACGAAGGAUAUCCCUGCCUAGGACCGUUUUGCAGAGAAUCAUGGAUGAUGAAAAAUUCAAAGUAACGUCGCUUAAAGAUUCGUUCGAGGAUUCCAGCGAUUCCGCUUCCAUACCAAGUCUUAAAAACGAGAUUGAAAGAAUUUCGAAGAACGAUGAAGUUGAAACGAGAAACGUCGGAUUCGACGACGUGGAAUCGAAGGUUGCCGAAAGUGAAGUUACAGAGGAUGCCGGUUCCUCGUUCCAAGAGGAGAGACGAGCAGAGGAACGAGCAGCGGAGCAAAAAAGUAUCGCGGAACCGGAGACUUGGCGUAACGAGAUUACAAAGAAAGGUAAAGAAAGGGAUCCGCGACACGACGACGAGGCAACAUCGACAACAAAUUCGAACGAGGAGGAGGCUCGAAUCGAGGUAAAUCUAACGCAAGUCCCUUCUCUGGAACAAACGAAAGAAGGUCCUUCCUCGUUACACGGGGAGGAGAGCACGGAGGAGGAGGAGGAGGAGGACGAGUCGAUUGCGGACGUCUCGAUCGGCGACGAUCAACCUAAGCCGAAGUACUUGGUGCCCUGUCACGCUCCCACGAAUUUCAGGCCGAGCUUAGAGCCCCUUCGAGCCCUGAGAAACCGUAAAUCGACGACUCUGCGAGAUCGCAUCGACCUGCUCGAGGCAUCCUCGUUGAGAAAAAGCGGUUCCCUCGACGACGGGGUUCCGAAGGAAAAAUCAAGGCCUAAAAGUGUCCUCGAGAAGGAGAGUUCGAGCGAGGAGGCGAAAGCUGUGCCGCCUCCCUUAACGAAAGCGAGAUCCGUGCUGGAAAAAUUGACGCGUGAAAAAGGUGAAACGAUUGUGGAGAACACGCGGCAACACGUUCUCAGAAAGGGAACCAGCUUCUCGGGCUUUCCCGUAUCAACACCGACGUCCAACAAGUCGGAAAUAUAUCGCUGCGACGCGUCAAAGGGCGCAUUACGAGAAUUGGACGAGACUCGUGACGAUGGCCUUUUAAAAACACCACUCUCCACCGAUUUGCCGAGAGCCGAGACGAAAUUGCCGCUUACACGUCCGCGCGAGAUCGUGGAAAUUCUAACGAAUCUCGAGGAGAACGUAUCGUCGACCGAUAUGUUAAAUAUCUUGUGCAAAGAAUUUUCGGAACGGUUGUCGAAAAACAGCGAGAACGACGACCCGAUCACGGGAGAGCGUAAUAGAAUGAUUACGAAUCUGACCAGGUUGUUAGUUGAUUCUAAACGUUAUUUGUAUCCCGAUAAAUUUCCUUCUGAUUUGCUUUUCUCCACCGACCAGCCACCCAUACACAAGGUCAAAAUGAUGAGACGGAUACUACCUAUAGAUACUUAUAAUAAAGUUGCGAAACUGCUGAAACUGCCCAAAUGGCAUAUAAAAAGAGACGUAUUCAAAGAAAAAGAAUUAGAGGAGGAGAUAGUCGAAAUAGAAAGUUUCGAUAGUUUAGAGGUGAAUCCACCGACGUUGAUAGUCGACGAACCGCCCGUUGAGGAGAAACUGCCCAUGGAUCGUAGAUACAAUCCUUACGCUCUAUUUAUGAUGAAACCAAGACGCAAGGUGAUUACGUGGCGCCCUUUGAAGAAAGAAGAUCUCGAGGGCUACGAUCCGGAGGCGACGCUCAAAAUGAGAGCCGACAACUCGAUGAAAAGGAUAUGUCAGGACUUCUGCCAGUGGGUCGAAUCUUUGGGCGGGACGGAUAAUGCCAUCGACGAGGAAGUUCUCAGGGAUAUGUUUGAAAUCGAUUUCAGUGCGGAUAUUUGCAGAACGUUACAGGUGUCGAUCAAGGAAAUGCCGGUUGUGCCCGCGGAGGUGGCCUUCACGAGGAACGUACCCGGCGCGAGCAAGCUCAUCAUGACGAACAAACACGUGAUGAAGGACGCGAAAGCGGAAAAGACACUGCCGAAGACAAAAGCAUUCGGCACGGCUCUGCCUCCCGAUAUUCAAUUCAUACCGCCCGAUAAUCAGGUACACAAGAGAUGGCUGGAAUGCGAGGACGUGCCUGUGGAUAUCGAAACGAUGGAAGCUGUUUGGAAAGAUAUAACGAUGCUUAGAAGCGUGAGAGGUUUCGUGGAGUGGCUUCAAGAGCAUCCAGAGGUACCAGUGCCGGAAGCUUUGAAGAAAAUGGUAGCAAUGGAUCCGAAAAUAUUGAGACAGAUCGAGGACGACGAGAUGUUCGCCCAUCUCGAGCUGGAUAUCGAACAAAUCAAAACUUUGAGAGUGGUGGUUGAUGAAGAUACUCCCAUAAAGAUGUGAUUCCGAGUAUAUACUCUUCAUCCCUUCCCUUCUCAUCUUUGUUUCUUCUAGUUUUUUUUUUUUUU